UUCAGUGCGUUAUAUAGAAACAUGCGAUUAGGGAACCAGCUUCACAUUACAUCAACAAAUCGUGAAAAUGGCGACUGAAGUAACUUCGAGACCGUCGAGGCAAAAUGUCUUAAUUGGCGAGUUGCCUGCAGAUUUCCUGAGAAUUGAAGGAGUAAACUCAGCCCCAAGUACACCAAGUAAUCUACAGAUAUCAUCUGAUGAGCAGACAGCGAGGGCGCUACAGUAUGGAGGUCAAAUUGGUUCACAGGUUGCUGCUGCUGGGCCGUGUGUUGGAAGACUUAGCAUUACAAUUGUACAGGCCAAGCUUGCAAAGAACUACGGCAUGACACGGAUGGACCCUUAUUGUCGUAUUCGUGUUGGUCAUGCCGUCUUUGAAACCCCCACUGAUCUGAAUGGAUCCAAGAGUCCAAGAUGGAAUAAAACAAUACAAUGUAAUGUGCAGCCUGGUGUAGAAUCACUCUACUUGGAGAUCUUUGAUGAGAAAUCAUUUGGUGCUGAUUACCGUAUUGCAUGGAACCAUAUUCAGAUAGCGCCUUCUGUAUUUCAAGGAGAAGUCAAAGAUGACUGGUACCCGUUAAGCGGUAAACAGGGAGAUGAGAAAGAGGGCAUGAUAAACAUAGUUCUCUCACACCAGCAAGUACAACAGAUGCCAAUGUUUGCCCCUCAAGUAGUUUAUGGUGGAGUCCAGCCCAUGGUUGUUCCAUCCCCCUAUGGUUACGCAGCACCUGUUGCUCCAAAUAUGAUGGGUUACCCAGCUCAGGCUGUUCCACAACCUCAACAACAACAGCAACAACAGACACGUCAACCACAACCAGUUCAAAUCACACCAGAUGAUAUCAACAGCUUGAAGGAAAUGUUUCCUAAUAUGGAGGAGGCUGCCAUUCAAUCAGUUCUGGAAGCAAACAAUGGCAAUAAAGACGCUGCAGUCAACAGCCUGCUUGCAAUGAGCAGUUAGAAGGUCUUUCUUGGACUCCAAACACUCAGUUGAGUAUUAAUGAAACUAGGAUCAUUCACCAUUGUAACGAUAUUUCAACAUCCAAAUUGUUGGACCUUGAACCAUUGGAAUAAUAACCAUGUUAAGCUUGGGCUGUGAUUAUGCAAAAAGUGCCGUGGCUAUGGCCACUGUUGCCAUGGGCCCAAUUUCUUAUAUAAGAUCUGUUAAACAUUUUCUGCUUAACAAAAUUAAGUAGGAUCACCAGUCAAAGAUGUGAUGUGUGACAUGUUAGUUGGCUGGUAAGCUGGUAAGCACAUUUGUUAUGCUUAGCUACUUUUUGUACAGAAUGGUACACAAUCCCGAAAGAAAGAGAAAUAAAAGGAAAGUUUAUUAGUGAAUAACUUAAAAAUAAAUAGAUUUAUUGAAGUAAAUAAAUACAUAUAUGGGAUUUAAGUACAGUAUAUAAACUUUGCAUCAAUAAUGAAGAAAAGAACGCAACAUAAUGAUUUAUUCUUUUUUUUACAGAAAUUUUGAACAGUUUCUAAGCCAUUAAAACAACAACAAAAACAGCAAAACAAAUGAUGUCAUCUCCCUGUUAAAGUUCUAUCAGUUUUUAUUUUUUUGUACUCGCAUGGGAGGAAAAUGAACCUCGGUAUUGUGUGCUGUCUGUGCGCAAUGUUUUCAAUUGUCUCAAGUUUUAAGGAUCUUUUACCAUUUGUUGAUGUAAUAGUUUACAAAGUAUGGGUUAAAGGAUCUUUUACCAUUUGUUGAUGUAAUAGUUUACAAAGUAUGGGUUAAAGGAUCUUUUACCAUUUGUUGAUGUAAUAGUUUACAAAGUAUGGGAUAAAGGUUUUAAGGAGAAUAAUAUAAUAUAGAAAGUUGCUUUCGUUCUUGAGGUAGUUCGCUGUAAACAUGAUACAACUCUCGUUUCCUUUUCAGUAAUAUUUCCAAAUGCUUUCGUUCUUGAGGUAGUUCGCUGUAAACAUGAUACAACUCUCGUUUCCUUUUCAGUAAUAUUUCAAAAUGUAACGCAUUUCAGGAAAUGAAAGAUGUCACAAUGUGUUGUUAUUUUGGAUAAGUAUCAGAGUAAUUACUCAUUUAGUUUUUCAGGAAGCGUUUUUUAGUUGAUAUGUUAUGUUAGUAUAAAAUGAAAAAUAUAGGGAGAAAACCCAUUGAGUCAGAGCAGUGUCAUUAUUGUGAAAGAAUACACAAUUUGGUCUGUUUGCAUAACGUUUGUAUAAGUACAGAAUCAUGUGUGCAACUUAGAUUUCGUGGACGUUGUUUCUUUUUGGGGGUGAGAUUUCAGCAAACCACACAACUUGAACUAGUCUUUUCCACCUAAAUAAGUUUCAAUACAAUUUCCAAAAUAAAUAAUGUAAAUAGUUGGGUUUUCCUGUAAAAGGACAUCGCGCUGUAGUAGGAGGCUUUAAAGGUCUUUGGUUUUUGAAACUGUUUUAGUCCUUACAAAUGUACAUGUAACCAAUAAAACUAACAGGUGAAAAUGUUUGCGUUUUUGAGAUAUUUCUGAAAAUCAGGAUUGAAUGUCAACGCACGAAGAAAAUUGUGGGUCAUAAAAAAACUAGUAUCUUUUGACAUAACCACAUUACUUCGAAGUGAAUUGUGUCUCAAAGUGCUUCAUACUGUUGAAAGCCGCUGUAGGCUUCUUACCAGAACUUGUUGCCAAUAACUUUAAGAAUGGUUACCAAACAAGUUACCUUAAUAGAUGGAUCAAAACUAUAGCAACAAAAUAAAAUACCUAAUAUGACUUAA